GGGUGACACCAGAUGUUGCUAUGCAGCUGGAUAUCUAUCUUUAUGCUAAUUGGACUAAAAACAGAAUCGCUCCGGCUCAGCCAAUGAGCGGUCAGGUCGCGAGGGCAAUGACGGGGGUCAAGCUGGGGUGCCACGAGAGCGUUUCAGGAUAAGGUACCGAGUGCCCGGAAACCUGUUAAACUCCAAAAGUUCCCGUUUCUUAACCUAAUGCGGGUAAGUUGGCUCUGGGUUUGACGGGUACAUGUUACUCAGAUAUCAUGUUUUUUUUCAUUAUUUGGAAGUUUGCUAAAUUUGCCGGCCGGGCACAAGUUUCAAAGUGCUAAAACUACAGUCCGAAUUAGCCAAGGCAGCGUCAAAGCUAGCUUAAUGCACGUCCCUCAACGGCUAGUUAGGUCCCGUAGGUUAGCUAGUUGAUUUGCUUUCCUUGAAACAGCAGUUAGCUCAUCAUUUCUACCAUUUCUGCGUUUCUCUUAUCUUUGUCGUAUUUACUAUAUAAGGCUAUAUCAAAAGUUAACAAUGACUACUUUGUAUUUUGCCAGACCAGUAAUGGAGUUCUAAGGAAUCAUCAGGGAGUUUAAGAUGGCAUUUGACCGGCAUCAGAACACACUUGCAAAUUCACUUUUUCACACAUACCAGCGUCAGGCUGGUGUUAAUGUGAGUGGUGCAAACAGUAAUAGCAUGGCUUUGCCCUUCGUUUCUGUCGCUGAUGCCUCGCGGCAGGAACAGGAUACCACAUCCUUUGCGGCGUGGUCUUGCAAUACUCAGGAUGACCCCUGUGAGCUUACCAGUUGCUCCCAGAGCAGCAUUAAAAGCAGGAAACCUGAUAACGCUGAUUGUGACGAGGAGACUGACCUGCAAGGUCUAGUGUCAAAUAUUUUGGAUGAAGCAGAUUCACAGCGCAGCUACUUCAGCCAAGGGAGCCUACCUACAUGCAGUCCCAUCUGGUCUCCAAAAACAUUGAGAGAAGAACUGCUACAGUAUUUUCAAUCAGAAGGUAACACACAGCAUAAUCCUUCUUUUCCAAACCAAGUAUCCCAUGAGACUUUCAGUAAAACACAGCAAGCACCAGUGGACAAAGAUGUUGAAGAGUUGAGUCAACAGUCCAAUGGCUUUGCUAUCAAUCAAGAAUGGCUUUUUAAUUUGCCUAAUGGAGACAGCUACUGCCGCCCUCCCCAGAAGUUGCCACCAGCUCUACCAUUGCCCAGUGCAGGAAGUACCUACCCAUCACAGAUACAACCAGUCAGCAUGUCAGCUUAUAAUGACAGAGAGGUUGGACAACCUAUGAAUAAUUUUCUCAACCUCAGUGACAUAUUUAGACCUCAAAAUGAAAUGAGCAGCACCAGCUUUGAUCCUUUCUAUGAAGACCACUUGAUCCAGAGCGGCAUAAAGCCCACUUGCAAUGAGCAGUAUGUGCCAGAAGACAUAAACCAGCUGGUCAGCAGUUUUCAGUCAUUCAUGGCUGAUAGCGUACGUCGUGGAGACUUUCCAAAUAUGCACAAGCAGGCAUUGGGCAUGCACAUUGAAGAUAGUCUGGUUGAAGAAUGGAAAACUACCAGCCCUGUGAUGUCAACACAAAGUACUCCCGCAAUGCAGAUCCCAAAACAGCUGGUGGGAGAAUUUGGGACAGUGCAGAGGGAAAGAAAUGAAGGAGCGAGGAAACAAACAUUUAAACAUGAUGCUUUUCAAGGUCUGCCAGAUUUCACCCCUCAAAACCCAGAGGGUUUCCAGCAAUCAAAGCAAUUCUCUGCAACUUUAAACUUCCCAAAUCAAUACCAAAACAAGAUGACAACGCACAGAGAGAACAUUAACGUAAGCAUGAACCAAUAUUUAAACCAUCAUAUCCAGCAGAGCCAGAUACAGAACAAUAUCAAGCCACAGAUGCAGAAGGAAAAGAAGAGGAUGCAUAUGUCUGGACUACAGGGAGAACUCUUCUCUAGGAGGCCCCAGACCAGUGCUCACAUGAGAGAGGGGGAUAAACAGCACUUCUCACAAAGCCCAUACUUUGACUUCCAGGGCAGCAUGCAGUCUCAAAGAUUUGAUGGAGAAAACAGCAUGUUCAGUGGAGGGAAUGUACAGCAGGUCAUGCCUUUCAUGUAUCCUGUAAAUGACCUCAGGAGACAGUCCAGCAUGUCCAUCAACACAAACGUCAGCUCUCAAUCCACAUUACCCUAUGGAUGUGGGGUUCCUGGUGCUAAUGUGGGUGAUGUAAUGUCAGCCAAUGAGUCUCCAGUUUUCAAGUCUUAUAUUGGUGACAUAAGGACCCGCAGAGGAGAGAGCACUCAUCGUGUCCCGGCCUCAGCCAUGAUGACUUCAGUGAUGACGAAUCAAGGGGGACCUGUGAUCCAGCCGUGCUUCUACCUGGAUGAGUGUUAUGAGCAAUGGAGGUGUUUGGAGAAAGAGAGAAAGAAGAUAGAGGCCAUCCUUAACAAAACAUUUUUUGGGAAAAGGCCUGCAGCAGUGACCAACAUUAACCUGCCCAAAACUCCACCAAACCCCACAAGAAUCGACCACCUGAUUGUUAAUCAGACAAGAGAACAAGCAAAGGUGGAAAGCCUUCUGGAACGAAUGGAGUGUCUGUGUAGCACUCCCCUACACAGCAACAUUCACACAGCACUGAAGAGGCAUCAUAUGGCUAUUUACAUCACGCAGGCAAGAUGCAUGGAGGACACUGCAAACAUGACCAAACAUCAGCGACAGAAACCUCAUUUCACAGAGGACAGGGACACCCUGUUGAUGAUCAUUUCACUGAAGGACCUAGCUACUACCACUAGAAAACUCCGUACAGCUCUGUGGUGUGCCCUCCGGAUGACACUGCCAAAGCCUGUCAAGGUGCAGGACCACCAUGUUAACAAGGAGGACACAUGUAGUGAGAAAUGCUUCUCUCCAUUUGAAAUUUGCUCGUUUAAGUUAUGAUUUAGCAGGUUAUAAGUUAAAGGUAUCGGUUAAAUUAAAAUCACUCCAGAGUGCCCUAUUUAUUAGUGUCCCAUAGUCAGAAGAGAGACAAAAAUUAAUGUUCUUAUAGUAUUACUUACCUGCAAGUCAACAUGACAUUUUAUCUGCAACACAUGGAUCAUUGCAGAACAUGAUAUGAGUAUUGUGAAGCUAAGUGACUGCAUUUUUGGCACCGAAAGGCUUCUUCUGUUUCGUAGGAAUUGCAUGAAAUGUAAUUUGUCCUGCUGCAUCUUAACCUAAAUUCAUUUAAUAAGUGUCAGUUCCAAAUCAACACGAAUCUUGCUCCAUCACUGUUGUAUUUAAAGGCACUAUUUAUGUGGAAGAUUUCAGUGAAUUCUUCAUUGUUUUACUUAUUUAUUGGAACCUCAGUUCUGAGAAUUACCACGCAAUAAUUGAAUCACCAGGGCAGUAGCAUGCUAAACAUUAACCUGUUUUCUCUAAAGUUCAUUAAUUUCUGCAGCUUGAGUUUUUCUGAUCUAACCUUAAACAUCCUGUAAUCAAAAAGUUUUUUUUUAAUCUGCAAUUUGGUGGAAUUUGAAAUGUGCCAACAAUUCUAAAAUAUCUGGAGGAAGGGUUCAGUGUUUUACAUUUAAAGGCAAUAAUCACACUUCCAGUGAGAAGCGUAACAUGAAUAAAUGUAUCAGUGAAAUGUAACAUAGCUAAGUUUAAAAAAAAAUAAUUCUCUGAAUGCAGGGGUCUUUGAAGACUUGUUCUACUUAAGUACUUUACAAUGAAUAUACUAAAUUAUAUUUUUUUCCUAAAGUGUUCCAUUUAGUAUCUGAAACUUUUUUUCUUCUGCUGUUAAAUGUGUGAUCAUAAAUCUGUUUAAUUUAUAUGAAAUUUCUGGGUCAGAACUGCAAACAUACUAAAGCAUUCAAAGUUCAGCAUUAAAAAUUUAAAUGCAUUUAUUACAUUAUAAAAUAUUAUCAUCAGUGAAGUGUGAAAGUUUGUCAGCAAGGGGCCAAAGUGUGUAUUCAUUACAAAGCUAAGUCAAGA